ACGCUCUAAAGCGGACCGGAUUGGUAUGUGCCGUGGUAGUGUGUAGGCCGCCUUUCUGAUCUGACCAUCACGGCUCUCGGCAGCUUGAAACACAACUCGAAGAACAGAAACAGUCGAUGGGCGCUUCGAAAUCUGCCCAGGAGGAGAUGCUGGGAGCCGCCCAGAGAGAGCUUCAACAGCGACGCGCAGAGGAGAGUCAUUAUCAACGGCUCGUCGAGUCGCUAGAGGAAGACCUAGCUCGGUCUGAAGCUGCAUUGGCCAAGAUUAAGGCGGAAACUCAGACUGUGGCAGAAAAGAGCCGCUUAGUUGAACAACAGCUUGCUCAAACCCAGGAAGGGCACGAGCAGGAGCUGAAGGCCGCGAGAGAAAACUUCGGCAUAUUGGACAAGGAAUAUGAUGGACUCAAGGAAGACAACGCCACCCUGAUAAUUGAGCUAGAAAAGAUGCAUUCGCUACUGGCAGAUACCAAACGAUCGGCAGCAGCUUCUACCGAAACCGAAACCGCUCUCCACGCUCGCAUUCAGUCGCUUGAGACCGACAUUGAAACCUUGAAAAAGAGCAUCUCCAGUAUGCGACAAGAAAAUUCAACAAAGGACAACCAAAUAGAGAGGCUUCAGAGAGCUAGGGAGCAACUCAAGGACGAUAAAGAGAUGUUGAACAUCGCUUUGGACUCGAAGCAGCAAGAAGUCGAGCUGCUCCGCCGCAAGUAUGGAGACGGCCGCCAAUCGACUCACACCCCGAUCGAUCAGCUUGGAGAAUCGAUAUCUACAACACCUGCAGCCAGUCGUCUCGCCGCUAGCGUCCGCCGACACACGGCCAAUCGUCGUCCUUCCGCCACAAGCAUGACCACUCCUUUACCUAACCAACGCGCUCUCGGCCGGGGGACCCCUUCUACCAUCAACGCUACACGCCGUUUCCCCUCCAUACCCAAAUCGCUGAAUACACCGGUCGACGUGAGCCAUGUCUUGAACUCGUCCGUAAAGUUCAAUCGCAAAGCAUCGCUUGGUCUUGCUUCCGCUAGGCGUUCGACGUCGAUGACCAGCAGCAAGAGAUACGACCGCGCAGAUCAAGAGAGCCAGUCUCGCACCACAGAAGCUGAAUACCGCGCCAUGUCUCUGGUGCCUAGCCUGGAAGCAGUAUGAGUUUGACUAGGUACCUGAAUGGACAUUAUCCAGCCUGAUGACGAUG